GUAUUGAUUGAGGAUUUAUGACACAUUUUUGCAAAAUCAAAAUUAGAGAAUUCUAUUAUUUGUUGCCACAGAAAUCGCUAUAUUUCAUUUUCCUAACUUUGCCCUGCUCCUGUGGCCAUUCUGCCUACUUUCGGUGAUAUUAAAAAGAGGGAAACAUGCUUGAUUACCUGUUCUACUUCUUCCUUGGAGUUGUGGCUAUAUAUUCUGUGCUUUUUGUCCUGAUUUUGAUCGGUGACUGUGACCUUUACUUACAAUUUGCCGAAAAUUUUGGAAAGAAACCAAAUGUACUGAAGGACAAAGUUGUAUGGAUAACUGGUGCUUCCAGUGGCAUUGGUGAAUGUUUGGCAUAUGAGCUAGCUAAAGCUGGUUGUAAGCUCUGCCUGUCAGCUCGCAGAGAAAAGGAGCUCGUACGAGUCAAGAAGGAAUGUCUGUUGCAUGGAAAAGUCAAGGAUGAGGACAUACUGGUGCUGCCUCUGGAUGUACUUAAGUUUGAGACACAUUCACAGGCUACUCAACAUGUGUUAAAACAUUUCAGUAAGAUUGAUGUUCUGGUAAACAAUGCUGGCCGCUCACAACGCGCAUUAUUUGAGGAGACAUCCAUAGAAACUGACCGGGAAGUUUUAGAGCUGAAUGUUUUGGGAGUUCUCUCCCUUACAAAGCAGGUGCUCCCACAUAUGUUGGAGAGGAAGGAGGGACAUAUUGUCGUCAUGAGCAGUAUUGCAGGAAAACUUAGUGCUCCAAAUUCUGCAUCUUACACAGGAAGUAAACAUGCAAUUCAGGGCUGGUUUUCUACUCUGGCCGUGGAGACGUUUGACCAGAACAUAGCGGUCACUCUUCUCUGUCCCGGUCCUGUGUUCUCUAAUCUACUGGACACAGCAUUUACAGGGAAACCGGGAGAGGAAUUAAAAGAAAAAAUGAGUUCUUCUGAUAAGAGAAUGUCCACUGCUCGCUGUGCAGAGUUAUGUUCCAUUGCCAUCGCUAACCGUCUGUCUGAAGCCUGGAUAGCCCUCAAUCCUGUCUUGUUGUUUACCUAUGGAUUCCAGUACUUCCCUAAUUUAUCUAGAGUAAUAGCGAAAAGAAUGGGACUGAAAAUGUUAAAGAACAUACGAGAGGGAAGAUUAAAUAAAUGAUUCACUAACAAUACUCAUUCAAAGUACAUGACAUGAACUACCAAACAAUUGUUGGUUGAUUCUGGUGAAACAUUUUAUCUGGAAAUAAAUCUUUUUAAAGAUUCUUA